AUGUAUUCAAGAACAUGCACGAAGAACACCACAUAUCCACAGGUGUUGAUGAAGAUGCCGCCAUUACUUUUUAUAGCUAUCUUCAUCCUCUCGCUUCUCUUGUCUCCUGCUUCCCCACAACACCCCACCGUCGAUGAGAACAACCAGAAACUCUUGAAACUCGCCAUUUCCUGGCCAACCUCACUCUGCAACGGCAAAACUAAUUGCAAGCACAACGAUCCUCCGGACCGAUUUUCCAUCCACGGCCCCUGGCCCCUUUACAGGGACCCUCUCGGACCCAACGCCGUCGACUGGUCGACUUUUCCGGUCAUCACAGAGGCCAAGAUGAAGAUUGACUGGGCAAGCUACGGGACCGCCACGAAUCGGAAGUUUUGGGACCACGAGUGGAGCAAGCACGGCAGGGUCUCGGGGCUCUUGCCGCCGGCGUACUUCGAAUUGGGACUCACAUUAUUCGACAGAGUGAACCUGGGAAAUCAUCUGAAGUCGGAGGGAACGUACCCGGAAGGGCAGACGGUGAAUAAUAAAGAUUUCACGGCGGCGGUUUCGAAGGCGGCGGGUGGGAAGAAUGUGAUACUGCUGUGCAACAAGGACAAGCAGGGCGUGACGCAGCUCUACGAGAUCGAUAUCUGCUUCGACCUUACCACGCAUGCGCAUGCUUACGUGAAUUGCGAUAGCUCGAAGUCUAGCUGCCCCGACCGCUUUCGGUUGACGAAAGCUAAUAGUAUCAGAUCUGCCAGCUCUACCGAUUCUCCUGUGCAUGCUGAAUAA